AUGAGUACAAUAUUUCGAAGCGAAGAAAUGACGUUAUGUCAGUUAUUUUUACAACCAGAAGCAGCCUAUUCGUGUAUAUCCGAAUUAGGAGAACUUGGCAUUGUACAAUUUAGAGAUUUAAAUCCAAAUGUCAAUGCAUUUCAACGAAAAUUUGUCAAUGAAGUACGACGUUGUGAAGAAAUGGGACGAAAAUUACGCUUUCUGGAAACGGAGAUAAAAAAAGAUAGUUUACCUAUCUAUGAUCCAGAAGAUAAUCCUGAGGCACCGAAACCAAGAGAAAUGAUUGAUUUAGAGGCAACAUUCGAAAAAUUAGAUCAUGAAUUAAAAGAAAUUAACACAAAUGCUGAUGCAUUAAAACGAAAUUUUUCUGAAUUAACAGAAUUAAAACAUAAUUUAUCAAUGACACAAUUAUUUUUUAAUGAUGCGCAAAAUAUUUUUAGUUCUGUGAUACCAUUACAUUCUAAUGUUAAUGAAGACGAAGUACAAUUAUUACCUAAUUCUUACAUUUUAGAAUUAACAUCAUUAGGUGCUCGAGGUGGUCGCCGUGACGUCGUCGUCGCAAGACCAUCUGAUCAAGAUAUUAUGCCUACACGUGAAAUGGAAAUUGUUACAUCUGGUCAACCACUCAAAUUAGGAUUUAUAACAGGUGUUAUUCCACGUGAACGUAUGCUAGCAUUUGAACGAAUGUUAUGGCGAGUAUGUCGUGGUAAUGUCUUUCUUAAACAAGCUGAAAUACCAGAACAAGUUGAAGAUCCAAUUACAAAUGAAAAAGUUUAUAAAACAGUAUUUGUCAUAUUUUUUCAAGGUGAACAAUUGAAAAAUCGAGUACAAAAAAUAUGUGAAGGAUUUCGUGCUAAUAUUUAUCCGUGUCCAGAAAAUCCUCAAGAACGUCGUGAAUUAGCUAUGGGUGUCAUGACACGUUUAGAAGAUUUAAGUGUUGUUUUACAUCAAACACAAGAACAUCGUCAACGUGUUUUAGCUGCUACAAGUCGUAAUUUACGUACAUGGCAAAUUAAAGUUCGAAAAAUAAAAGCAAUUUAUCAUACAAUGAAUAUGUUUAAUAAUGAUGUAGCGCGAAAAUGUUUGAUUGCUGAAUGUUGGGCACCCGUUACAGAAUUAGAUCGAAUACAAUUAGCAUUGAGAAAAGGAACGGUGUGUAAAUAA